AUGAGGCUUACCAUCCCUGUCUGCCUUCUGUUCAUGGCUACUCUGCCUAAGUAUGGCCCCCUCUUACCUGACGAAAGGUGUUUCCCAAUCAGUCUCUCUGCCAAGUGA